UGGAGUAGUCUCCCCUUGCCGACAGGGGGCGCGCGACGCCAAACGGAAACAAACUGUGGGGAGUGGUCCAAGGUGACUAGAGAUCUCACAGGAUGACACACAAACACUUGAGCAACAAGCACUGCAUGUCCACGCGUUGAGUGCAGCAUCAUGGAGACGCAGAGUUCCUUUACCAUGGAACUGUCAGCUAUCGUCCUCAGCUGCUUGGCAGCGAUUAUCUUGUGCAUCAUCAAACUACCGCACGUCCUUGUAGUCGACGCUGUGUACACCGUGCUGGGUGGUGCUUGUACACUGUGGUACACCGCCGAUGUCCUCAAUGAGUACAGCAGAGGGAUCGUUCUGGACAUACAUCAUAUCUUCUUGGCCAAGAUCCGAGUUGUUAACCUUUUGACGACGACAGUCAGCUGGUUGCUGAUCCGCAAGUCUGUGGACAUCACUACCAGGAGUGCUGUCAGCUUCUCUCGGUUUAUCACCUACGCCAUCUCUGCCAUUGUCAUGAUUAUGGCACACGGAACGAAUAGCUUCACACGAGCACAUCUAGCUUACAGCACUAUUCCCACCACCCUGUGGGCCGUGGUUCUGGGGAUGCAGAUGUUCAAAACUGGCACUCGGGUCAACGCCCACAUCCGAACAAGUGACAUCAACCUCUUUUUGGUUGUGGACAUGUUUCUUCACCUCGUUCUGGGCCUGGCUGACAUCAUUCACCCAUUCGUCAUCGCCGACAUCCAGGACCUGGAGCUGGACGAUCUGCACGUGUACCAGUACCGCUUAAACGGCGCCGUCAGUCUUGGCAACGCCGCCUUUUCAUGGGUAGCACGUCGCUUCCGGUUUGGCGACGAGAAGCGCGCCGUCAUCCUGAGCCAUUUCUUAAGCUGCGUGGUGAUUCUGGCGGGAAUGACGACGUGGCUGUCUUCCGGGAUGCUGACCUUCACCUUCAGCACGCAGAUCAUAUACCUCCGCAACGUCCUCAUCAUGCUGCCCGCAGUCAUCUGCUUCUUGCGGAAGGACAACGGCGCCUUCUGGUUCCAGCACAUAUUCCAGCACUUCGCCAAGAAAGGCCGAUUGUUCUCAGAAGUCCCAGCAGGAGUUAUGUGUACGGACACUCGAAGAGGCGGGCCAGUUAAAAGACCGACGGUUGUACUACAUGAGCAUGGCUUGUCGUCCUGGCCAACAAGGCUGUGGGCACUUCCACGAGAGAGAAAAAGAGAGAAAACUAGUGACAGCUUUCUUCACACCUGGCUUCACAUCGACAUCGACCGUUCAAAAAAGAACUGUAAACUUAUUGUUAGGCCCAGUACCUGGGGACAUCGAUGACUUGAACUUAUACCUACAGGCAUUUGCAUCUUCGAACCUUCGAACAGACAAUAACAUCUAUGACUUUAAAAUACAUUGUAGAAACUUGACCAUUUUGUGAUUUUUGGAAACUAUCUUUUGAGGAUACAAAAUCGAAAUUUUAAGAGUGAGGUUCAAUUCAAUGGCCAGACUUCAGACUUUUUAAUCAUCGUUCUCAACAUUCACGUGUAACACACACAAAAAAAGAGUUUCUUAAACAUGGCUUUAUUAAAGGCGUGAACUUUCGCAUUACUUUUUUCCCCAUUUUCACUGGAGGUACUGUUAUUGUAUGUAGUCAAGUUGGGAGGGAAGAGGGGUAUGUGUGCGCGCGCAGAGACUCUACCUGUGCAAUUAGUGGCAGGUUCUCGGUGUGUCAGCAGUUGAGUACAGUUUGUGUAAAUUUAGUAGUUAAGUGUUUUGAAAAUAAAUUUAUUUUGAAAAAAAAUACAUAGACUUUAAAACCAUGAA